CGUCACAUUUUGAGCCGAGCGAGAGGGCCGGAGAGAGCCGACGAGUCUGUCGACGAUUUCUCUCCAGUUUUAUUUGGAGUUCCCAAAUAAAAUCUGCAGGCCGUGAAAGAAAUGGACAGUGCUUACUACGAGUGAGGACAGAGGCGUCCAACUGUCUUCGGUUGGAGUCGCAGGUUCACCGCUGGAGGCUUAUUCGACACAAAUGCUUCCUCGCACUGGCUAGAAAUAAUGUCGACGAGAUCUCAGCUCACGAAGGACCUCAAUGAGAGCGUCAAGUCUUUAUUGGGUAAAAAUAUCAAGAUCCUUCGGAAAACGCUGGUGAAACUAGAGAAAAAUGACAAGAAAACGGAAAAUCGAGUCAUGGUAUUUUCUCCAUGCCGGCUGUUCUUCCUCACAGCCAAGGUGCCAACUAGAAUUGAUUUUCAUUUCCACUACUUGGAAAUCCAGAAAAUCGAGAGCAAGAAGUCAAACCAGUUGGUGCUCAGUGUGAUGGGCAUAGACCGAACCCUUGUGCUUUACCCAAGCCAAAUCAGCGAGGCCGUCCCAAUGAGCAGGGUUGACCCUGAUAUGGCCGCAUGCCUGGAGGUCGACGGCAUGCUCAGCACCCUUGCUUCAGCUCUCCUAGUCAUCUAUCCAAGUGUUCCAAUCACGAACAUAAUCAGAAAAAUUGAGCUUGUUCCUGAAAAGCGGCUGGAGCAGUUGCUGACCGAGAUUUCGCCGGCGGCAACGGGUACUUUUAGCGGAGUUGGACCUUGCUGUGGAUUUUCCACUCAGUACGCGUGCAUGUGCGACUUCCACGGACUGCCCUACAGAGACGAAGUGGCGUGGGACAUUGACACUAUUUACCUUUCGCACAACUCAAAGGAGCUGAGUUUGAAGGAUUUUGAGCAUUUGGAUCAAAGAGAUUUGGUUCCGAUUGUGAGCGCCCUGGAACACAAUACGUGGUUUACAAAAUUAAGAGCGGGUCACAUCCGACUGUCGCAUGAAGCCCUGGACCGAAUCCUACAGGUGAUCAGAAGAUCUCUUAGCUUAGAAGAGCUUUACCUGGACAAUUUGGGCUUGAGAGGGGACUUUGCACACAAGUUGUCUCUGUCGUUACUUGCCAAUCCGCACAGUCACCUGCACUCCCUGGACUUGUCAAACAAUUUGAUUGAGGACAAAGGCAUCGGUCAUCUAAGUCACGUUUUCGGAAGGCUUCCAACCGGCUUGGUGAAGCUCAACUUUUCCUCAUGUGGGCUCUCUUGCAAAGGAGUUAACCAGCUGUCGCACGCUCUUCUGUCCAAUCCAAACAUGUUCUCUACCUUAGCACACCUUGACCUGUCAGGAAAUAGUCUCAAAGAUGACCUCAAUAAUCUGUGCAACUUUUUAGCCCAACCAAACUGCAUUGCACACUUAGACGUGUCUGGCACAGAUGCAACACUGGAGCAUUUGUUUGGGGCACUCUUGCGAGGAUGCACAACUCAUCUCACCAAUCUGAACGUCUCAAAAAAUAAAUUCGCCUCAAAGAAAGGCAAGGAGGUGCCUCCUUCCUUCAAGCAGUUUUUCACUAGCUCCCUCAACCUCAAAUUUCUCAAUUUCUCCGGCUGCUGUUUGCCCCUUGACGCUCUUAAAAACCUCCUGUUGGGCCUUGCGUGCAAUGAAUCAACUGAAGGACUCGCCCUGGACCUUAGCAACAACAACCUGAGUGCGUCAGGUGCCCAUGUGAUAGAGUCUUGCAUACAUGGCGUCAGAUGCCUUGGCCAGUUGGAUCUCAAUGAAAACAAUUUUGAUGUCGAGCUUGCUACAAUGAUAACAGCUAUUGGGAAAAACAAAUCCUUGAAGCACCUGAACCUUGGGCGAAAUUUGGCUAACAUGAAACAAAAGCACGUUGUGGUCAUAAUGGAGGCCUUGGUGCAAAUGAUUCAAGAAGACGACUGUAUAUUGCAGUCCCUCUCCCUCGCUGACAGUAAGCUGAAAACGGACAUUUUCAGUCUGAUUAACGCGCUGGGCAGCAACCAGUGUUUGCAGAGUAUCGACAUCAGCGGCAACAUGAUGGGCGAUGCUGGUGCCCGCUUGCUGGCGAAAGCCCUGCAAAUCAACACCAAGCUGAAAAACAUGGUAUUCGACAGGAACAACAUCACCUUGCAGGGCUACAGCGACAUUGCUUACGCCUUGGAAAGCAACUUCACGUUGAGGUACAUGCCUUUCCCUGUGUUCGAUGUGCAGCAUUGCAUGAAGGCCUCAGCUGAGAGGACUGAUUUGAUCAUGAGACGCAUCCAGGAGCUGAUUCACAGGAACGUGACGCCAAAGAGGCAAUACCACAGCCAAGCGCUCCGCCUGCAGCAGGGCUUCCUGCUAACUUCAACCCAGCAGAUGGUUGACCGCCUUGUUCUCCAAACUCAAGACUCGAUUGCGGUGCUGAGCCAGGUGCCAGCUGAGAAUAAUGAACUACUUGAAGAGACCCAAGGCCUUAUCAGUGAUGCUGAAAAUGUUAAACAACUUCUGCAUCGUUUGAAUGAGGUUGCGCUGAAGGGUGAUGAGGAUGACUUGAAUGGAACAGGCCCUAUCGACAUCAAGCUUCAGCAAAGUGCCAUAGAACUUCACUCAACUUGCGCAGCCUUUAUCCAAAGAACAAUAGAGAAUAUGAUGACCUGUGCCAUAAGAGAGUGUCCACAUGUUUUGGAAGACAGCCAAACGCAGCAGGACAUUGCGAAAAUCUGCAGAGCCAAAUCUACAAUGCCAAUCGAGUUUGUAAACAAUACUAUUGUUGAGCAAGCUGGAACAGAGAUCAUAAAUAAGAUCAAGGAGUUGAAUCUGAUGACCGCUGCACACCUGUCAGACAAAAUCACAGAUGAGGUCAUCGAGUGUCUUUCAAGAAGUCACAAGGCUAUUGUUGGAGAUUCCAGAGCAAGCAUCAGAAAACGAUCAUCAACCCCAGAUGUUCUGAGGACGAGGUCAAGACUUAGUUCAGAUGCCCUAAAAAGCGAAGCUGGUGGGAUGUCGCCAACUGAUUGCAGCCUACCCAAUUCCACAGAUCAGUCUCCAAUGGCUACCCCGCACAUGUCCUCAAAGCGCAAAAGUUUGUACGGACGCAAACUACGACCACAAUCUGUUGUCGAUUCUUCUGAAGGACUCUCGGCUGAUGAUAUACCAGACCUCCUUCCAAAAUCAGCUGAAGAGUCACAAGAUAGCGUGUCUGACCUGCCAGCAGGUGGGUCUGGCCAGGUUUUAAUGCAUCUAGUCAAGACUCGUCCGAAGAGGGCCAAAACCAGAGCUCCAACCAGGCCCAUGCUGCGUGGAAGCACCUCCGACACGGAACAGUCAUCAUCCAAGGACUCUUCGGCUAUUGCCGAGGGGCUUGACUCCUUUUUUGUAAAGCCAAGUCCAGCUCCUAGUAUUAGUUCCUCUCUCAUGAAUGCACCGAGAUCACAGUCAAGUGAUAACUUGAGGAAAGCGUCCCCGCUGCCAAUCCUAAAAGGGGACAAAAGUCAGAAACCGCCUGCGUCUCCGCUGCUCAACUCUGAAGCAGAGGAGAGCGCUUCACCGUCGCCUGUCCCUGACCACACGAAGCAGACUGUGCUAAGUACAAAAAGUGAAAUGCCAUCGCCAUCAAACACGGCUAAAGGGUCAAGCAAAAUUAAAGAUGGAAUUAGAAAACCGCCGCCAAUAGCACCAAAACCAAGACCGUGGUCUAUGUUCACUGGAGACAAAGUUUCAGGCGAGCUUUCACUUGUAAGUGACGGCGGCUCAAGCUCCACCACGUCGGACGCCAACACUCCUGACUCGGUGGACGCUCUGGACGAAUCUACCGACUCUGGAUUGGUGAUUGACUCGUCGGAGGCUGAAAAGCAGGAAGCCAAGGAAGAGGCUGCCAAGUAAGAACAUUCCAAGCACGAACGAACUCCUUAUCAACUCUCUUUGAAAUUUUGACUCGCAACUUUAGGCGCCAAUCGAACAAAUUGUGAAUUACGUUCGCACUCUUAUCAGCAUUUAAAUACCGCCGGGCAGCCACCGACAGUUGCCCCUCAUCAAUAUUAUAUUGUCCAAAUGAAAGUUGGUGCAUAGACUGCGGUAGGAACAUUCCAGUUUUUAGCACUGGUCGGGUGCCAAAAGACACACUUCUUCUCACUCCCCCGCCUUCUAAGCAGUACUUCCGUUUUACUAAACUGUUGAAUGUCCAUUAUGCAACGUUCGAGUGCUCCCUACCAAGUGAUUCAUUUUUGCAACGUUAUUUUUUUGCUGCACCAUAUUUUACUGUUUACAAUUCCGUUAGUCAGGGUUUUCGGGAUAUAUUUGUGACCAGAAAAAAAUGUUUCUAGUGUUUAUUUUAGUAAAAAUUAGAAUUUAAGGCCUAGAAGUUAUUUCAGCUAGUUGGUAAGCAUGACAGCGCAGAAUAUUUUCUUAUUUGAGCAGUAAUCUGGUCCAUACAUCGCCCAAAACCUUGGUUUCUUUGGGUAUUAUCAAAUUUUGUUUUGGAUUUUAUUGACUGACUUGAGUUUGCAGUUUUAUCCCUAGCGAUUCAGUGUUAUCAUGACGGGACAUGAUGAGCAAUCCCUUGCAAAAUGCCAAAUUUGACCAUGCUCAACCUUGAAAACAAUUUUCUUUUUUACUGUGAUGUAAUUUUAAGUGCACGAAUAAUCGAGUUGUUCGUAAACGUAUUCCUUUGUCAGCCUGCCACUCUCAAACAUUUGUUUCUCCUCGGCCUGAUAAUUACUUGUCUGGCAAUCAAUUUUUAUUUGUUGCCCUACCGUCCUUGAGUUCAGCCGUGUUAGGCUGUUGACAGUUAAUUUGUUCCUCACUGAGCGAGGAACCAGAUUUGAGAAUGGCUUUUACGGAGUUCCCUUGAAGAACAAGUCAGUAAUUUUGUAAAUCUCAUGACGUGCAUUUCAAACACAAAGCGUGCAUUUAGAACUUGAUUGAAAGUUGCAAUUUACUCAUAUUUGUGAAUCGGACCUCCUUUACUUGACAUACUUAAUUAAACAAUUUAAAUGGGACACGUGUAUAAAAUAACUUGAAAGCGUUACAUGCUCAUCCGCUUUUGCUAACUAAGACAGUAUAAAUAUACAAUUAUAUAUUCUUCCCGAGAGAACUUGGGCUUGAAUGCUUCAAAUUUGUAUGAACAUGUGUUGUGUCGGCAAGAAAUUCAUAUAUUAUGGAAGUACGGUGUUUCAACUUACCACCAGUCUGUCCCCCUCGAAACAGAAAAUCCUAAAAACUUCCCCGAAACGAUGAUAAAUAUUUAGGAAAUACGCAGGAUUAAGGGAAAUGAAACCACACACACUAGAUUUUCAAACAAUUAACACAAGGUGGAUAACCAUGUGGAAAUGAGUAUUAAUCUUGUAAGUAAAUCAAUUAUUCAUGCGCAGAUAUAAUACUAUGGAAUUAUAGAGUUGUACGCAAUAAACAUGAACUCAUUGAUAUUUGCAUUGUA